GUCUUUUGACCAAUGAAUCAAUGAGGUCUCUUGACUCUCUUUAUUAAGAUUUAGCACAUUUUAAAUCCCCAACCAGACAGUUCACCGGCCAUUACCACGCUCUAUGUAUAUACUUGCUCUCUUCUUCUUCUUACUUCGACAUUUUCCAUAAUUACAGACUAGUUCAAAUUUCACUUCAUUUCCCUGAAUGUUUGCUUCAAACCCUACCUCUUUCUUCUUAUCCGCUACUAACCCCAAUCGCCUUCGACUCCGACCGCUCCCGCGCCGAUGCCGGGCUUCCGCCGGAGACAUUCCGGCUGGCCCCCCAUUCCCGAGGUUUGUCCAGUAUCCAUUCGUCGCCGACGUCGCCGGAGCUCGGAUUGGCAUUGGCUACGACGGAGGUGCGUCCAUAGAUGGCGUGGCGAGGCGAGGAGGUUUUAAUGACGGGAUCAAGGUGAAUGCCAAGGAGAGGAAGUGGUCACGUAGUGGAGAGAGCUACCUGGCUGAUGAUGACGACGCUCUUCCGCUUCCCAUGACUUAUCCCGAUACUACCCCGGUCACGCCGGACGAGAUUGAGCGCCGCCUCCAAUGCGAUCCCAAAAUUGAGGAUUGCAAGGAAGUAGUAUAUGAAUGGACUGGAAAAUGUCGAAGUUGCCAAGGUUCAGGAUAUGUCAGUUAUUAUAAUAAAAGAGGAAAAGAGGUUGUCUGCAAAUGCAUUCCUUGCCUUGGAAUUGAUUGUAGGAUUCUACUGAAGAUUUAUUAAGGGAAAAAUAAAGAUAUGUUCAGAAGUUUACUGCUCGCAUGGACAUAGAAGUAAUGGAGGACCUGGAUCCAUCGUGACCCAGAACAAUAGAAUUUUUGUUUAUUAUUUUAUUUUUCACAACUCGGUAUUGUGCAAUCAUCUUGAUGAAAUGUAAUCUUCUCUAUUUAUCUUUUCUUUUUUCUUCAUAAAAAUGAGCUAUAUAUAUAUACUUAUUGCCCUUGACUUCCGCCUCCUUAAGCAGAGUUAGGAGGACACGAUAGGAAAGUUUGUAGGCAAUGUUUUUUAGCUUUGGCAAAGAAUGUAUUCCUUACUUCUA